UCGUGUGGACAGCCGGGAAGAGGGAGAGGGCGCCGAGGCGCCGUUCACACCCACAAACACACACUGUGUCGGGGCCCGGGGCCACCAGCGCCGCCACCAUGAACAGGAGCAUCAGCACGCCCGUGGUGCAGGUGUCCAACGUGUCCCCGGUGGCCAGCAGCGAGCAGCUUCGCACCCUCUUCAGCUUCUUGGGGGACAUCGAGGAGUUCCGCGUCUUCCCUCCCGACAAUUCGCCUAUCCCAGUUUCGUCAAGGGUAUGUUACAUUAAAUAUCGCGAUCCCGUGAGUGUUGGUGUGGCCCAGCAUCUAACAAACGUGGUUUUUAUAGACAGAGGCCUGAUUGUUGUACCAUUUAAUGAAGGUAAAAUCCCAGAUGAAACCAAAGCCUUGCCCCUUUUGGCUCCUGCCCCUUCUGUUACAGGGCUGAUACCCGGUGCAGGGUUGCUCCCAAUACCUACUUCAAGCCCUCUUGCUUCAAUUACUGGUGUUGAAGUAACGGCAAGUGCAGUGGGGACUAUUGUUGGUCCUGUCCCUAUUACUACACUGGGAGCACUACAAGCUGGACUCGAUCCAUCCCUAACAGCGUUAGGACUAAGCUCACAACCUCCCACAAUGGGCAACGUCGACCCUUCCAAGAUUGAAGAAAUUAGAAGAACCAUUUAUGUUGGAAACUUGAAUUCACAGACAACAACGGCAGACCAGCUACUGGAAUUUUUCAGCCAAGUGGGCGAGGUGAAAUUUGUACGUAUGGCGGGAGACGAGACGCAGCCGACCCGAUUUGCCUUUGUGGAAUUUGCUGAGCAGCCUUCAGUGCUACGAGCUUUAGCCUUCAAUGGAGCCAUGUUUGGGGACAGGCCCCUAAAAAUCAAUCAUUCUAAUAAUGCGAUUGUGAAGCCUCCAGAGAUGACACCGCAGGCAGCCAAGAAAGAGCUUGAAGAAGUGAUGAAGAGAGUGAGGGAAGCACAGUCCUUUAUAUCAGCAGUUAUUGAACCAGUGCCAGAAAAGGAAAGUGGCGACACGAACAGAAGAUCCCGAUCCUAUUCCCGAUCACGAAAGAAAAGAUCUCGCUCCAGUUCGAAACAAAGACGCUCCAGGAGUAGAUCGCAACACACAUCUCCCUCAAGGCACAAAGACAGGCGUGAUUCUAAGAGUCCUCAAGCAAAACGUUCACGAUCAAAAGAUGGGCAUGGAUCAAAAAGUCCUUCCCCAUCAAGGGAAAAGAAACCGGAAGGUGACAGUAAAGUGAAGGAAGAAAACAAAGAUGGAGAUGGAGAAAAUGGAAAGAAGAAAGAAAAGAAUUCCACUACCUCACCAAGAAGAUCUCGAAGUUUAAGCCGAGAAAAAUAUGGAAAGAAAAGCAGAAGUUUAUCAAGAAAAAGAUCCAAGACACCUAAAAGGAGGUCCAAGACACCGAAAAAAAGGUCGCGGUCCCCGCGGAAGAGGUCGCGGUCCCCGCGGAAGAGGUCCAGGUCACCACGAAAGAGGUCCAGGUCGCCAAGGAAGAGGUCCAGAUCGCCAAGGAAGAGGUCCAGAUCUCCACGGCGACGGUCCAGGUCACCAAGGAGAAGGUCCAGGUCGCCAAGACGGAGAUCCAGAUCUCUACGAAGGAGGUCCAGGUCACCAAAGAGAAGAUCCAGAUCACCAAGGAGGCGGUCCAGGUCACCAAAGAGGCGACCCAGGACACCAAAGAGAAGGCUUUCCAAAUCUCCGUCCCCAAGAAGGAUUAGGAAGGAGAAAAGAAAAGACAAAGACCGAGAACAGAGCAAAGAUGUGGUUGAGAACAGAGAAAAUUCAAGCAGCCAAAGCAUAGACAAGAGUAAACGCGAUCAUUCCACCUCAAAGAAAAAGAAAGAUAAGGAUAAGGACAAGGAAAAGGACAGGGAGCGAGAGAAGGACAAAGAGAGGGAAAGGGACAAGGAGAAGGAGAGAGACAAGGACAAGAAGGAGGAGAGAGACAAGGACAAGAAGGAGGAUAGAGACAAGGACAAGAAGGAGGAUAGAGACAAGGACAAGAAGGACAGGGAGAGGGAGAAGGAAAAGGACAAGGAGAGAGAGAGGGAGAAGGACGCCGAGAGGGAGGACACGGAGAGGGUAAAGGAGAAAGAGAAGGAAAAAGAUGCGGAGAGAGUGAGGGUAAAGGACGCGGAGAAAGAGGAAGAAAGGGGCGUGGAGAGAGAGAAGGAAAAAGAUGCGGAGAGAGAGGGGGAAAAAGACGCUGAGAAAGAGAGGGUGAAGGACACGGAGAAAGAGAGGGUGAAGGAUGCGGAGAGAGAGAGGAAAAAGACGCUGAGAGAAAGAGGGAGAAGGACACGGAGAAAGAGAGGAUGAAGGAUGCGGAGAGAGAGAAGGAAAAAGACGCUGAGAGAGAGGUGAAGGAUGCGGAGAAAGAGAAGGUGAAGGACGCGA